AUGUGGAUUCUCUCCCAGAACCUCUUUAAUUUCAUCAAUCCGUUAAUCUGGCCCGACGAUGAUGUCAGUUCUUGGUGGAUGGGAUACGGCUACUGCGAUAUCCAAUCUAAACUUAUUACUGGUGCUGGCGUCGGAAUCGCUGGCCCUCUAGUCUGCAUAUUCCGCAGUCUCGCCAAAGUCUUGGAUACGGAGCGAACAACCCUCAUACCAAGCAAAGGAGAUCGAAGAUGGAACAUGGCCUUCGAAGUCAUAUACUGCAUUGUUAUUCCAGUCGUUAUCAUGGUAUUGCACUUUAUUAUCCAGGAGAACAGAUUCUACAUUUACAGCAUCGUUGGUUGCAUGCCAUCUUACCAUUCGAGCUGGGUCAGUUUCGUCGUGGGUUACAUCUGGCCUCCAAUCAUCUUGAUCGUUGCCUGCUUCUACUGUGCCCUCGUGCUCUAUCGCUUGUUCAAGUACAAGCGUGAAUUUUCUCAGCUCAUAUCUUCCGACAGUACCACCAGCAAAUCUAAAUUCAUCCGCCUGCUGACUAUAUCGCUUGUUCUCCUCCUUGGAAGCUUACCCGCUCAGUUCUACGUCUUCUACGCCAACAUCACAUCAUAUAAACCUUGGGCCCCAUAUUCAUGGGAUGAGGUGCAUGGCCCACACUGGAGUGAAAUUGCCAAGUUCCCAAUGCACGGCCAAGUGUAUUACGACCGUUGGAUACAAGCUGCUGCGGGCUUCCUCCUAUUCCUCUUUUUCGGCAUUGGUCACGAUGCGACAAUGAUGUACCGAUCCAUUCUUUUGAGACUCGGUUUUGGAGAAUGUUUCCCUGCCCUUGAGCAUCCGCACCUUAUGGUCAACCAGAGACAAGGCUCAUCUUCCACACGUUUCGGCUCCUUUAGCAGCACUGUCAAAUCAGCCUUUGGUCGAAAGCUAUUCACAUCUUCAGUGGACUCCGACACCACACUCAAUGAAAAAUCACGCGGCAUGUCGAUGGACGGCCACUUAUUCAGCGACCUCGACCCGAACAACUCUUUUGACCACCGCCCUAGUCUUCAGAAGACGUACCAGCCACCCACGGUUCCAGCACCAGUGAAUUGCUCUGGCAAGUUCGGUAAUUCUAAAAAGUCACGCCGACAGUCGGGAGGCUCCAUUUUCCUCGAGUUUCUGACCGAGACCCCUUCUAGCUCUAGUGAGAUGAAGGGGGCGAAGGGGCGACAGAACGGGCCUGAUAUGGUUUAG